CACAGUAUUAUUUCGUGUCUCAAUACAAUUAAUUGUGAAGAAACGGUCCAUUAUAUUGUGUAGAUAUAGCCAAACUCGACUGCAGAUUAAAAAUACUAUUAUAACAGAAACAUCACGCUUUGGAUCUUAAACAAAUAUAAAUAUAGUAUAAUAUUAAAUUAUUUUCAUGAUUCUCGUAUACGGUAUUACUACUAUAAUCAGUCAAUUGGUCGAGAAACUAACUUUGAAAUUUAAUUUUCUCGGACAAAUUACGACAGCCAUCUAUAAAUUAUUGUUCAAAAUAAUAGAUUCUUAUAUAUAUAUAUAUAUACACACAAACAUCAGGAGAACAGUAUUAUAAACCAUGAAAACUAACUCACGACGCAUAUCCCAGAGAUGGGUGAUGGCCGUGAUGGGGAUGUUGGGUGUGACGAUGGCGUACGUGAUGCGGGCGUGCCUGGGCAUCACGCUCACGCAAAUGGUGAUGCCUGUGGUGGAACAGGGGCGACACAGCGAUCCGCUGACGGUCGUGAAACACGAUUUCUGUCCGUUGUUGGUGACGGCGGGGCACUCCUCUAUGGCGUCCAACCGGACGACGUCGGCGACGAUCACGGCACCGGCGCAGGGGCGCGUGCAUGAUAACCGUCCACGGUUCGACUGGGACGAGGAGACCCAAGGGGAGGUACUGUCGGCGUUCUAUUACGGUUACAUACUCACGCACGUUCCUGGAGGCGUGCUGUCCCAGAGGUACGGCGGCAAGCACACCAUGGGCUUCGGCAUCCUGUGCACGGCCAUAUUUACGUUGAUGACGCCGUUCGUAGCGUACAUCGGGUCAAAGCCGUUGACCUACUUGCGGUUCAUCGAAGGACUCGGCGAGGGUAUGACGUUCCCAGCGCUUUGCACACUCUUAGCGCAGUGGGCACCACCCGAAGAAAAAGGAAAGUUUGCCACGCUAGUGUUUGCAGGUGCACAAAUCGGUAAUAUUCUGUCGAAUUUUUUGAGCGGGUUUAUUAUGCGGUACAUACCUGGUGGUUGGCCGAACGUCUUUUACUUUUUCGGCGGUGUUUCGAUCAUUUGGUUUUUAUUAUGGUGCAUGUUCGUCUAUAACGAUCCAAAUUCCCAUCCGUUCAUUUCGGACGAAGAGCGGGCUUACUUAAAAAAAUCUAUUGGAAGACUAGAAAGGAAGAAGGAUCUUACCCCUACACCUUGGAAAUCCAUUUUAAGGUCUAGGCCUGUAUGGGCAUUGGUCAUCGCUGGAGCAGGACACGAUUGGGGUGCUUUCACUUUAAUCAGCGAUCUUCCUAAGUAUAUGAGUGAUGUUUUGCACUUUUCUGUGACUGAAAACGGUUUUUUGUCAUCAAUCCCAUUUCUUGGUCAAUGGGCAACAUCAGUUGCUGCAAGUGUACUAGCCGAUCGUUUAAUAAGUAAUGGAAUGAUGAAUGUUACAAAUAUCCGAAAAAUAUAUGCCAUAAUAGGAAAUCUUGGUCCCGCUAUGGGAGUGAUGUGUGCUUCAUUUGUUGGUUGUAAUAAAAUCCUUGCAACAUUGUGUUUUACCUUGGGUGUAGCCCUUAUGGGAUUCUGCUAUCCUAGCUUACGUAUUAAUUCACUUGAUUUAUCACCCAAUUAUUCAGCUACACUAAUGGGAAUGGUAAAUGGUAUUGGGUGUUUGUCAGGAAUGGCCACGCCAUACCUCGUAGGAAUACUUACUCCAAAUAGAACCGUUUUAGAAUGGCGUUUGGUAUUUUGGAUCAUGGUGAUAAUAAUGGUGUCAACAUCUAUAAUCUUUGUACUUUUUGGAUCUGGUGAAGUACAACCAUGGGAUGACAUAAAACAAUAUCGUCUAAGUGAAAAUGAAAAAGAAACUAAAAAUGGUGAAUCAGAUGCAAUACAAUUGAAAUCAAUAGAAGAUGGAAUAACAUCAAAAUAAUUUGAUUUAAAAUGUAAUCGCAUACAUAACAAAACAGUCAAAACCAUCCUAAACAUUGUAAAUAUAAAUACAUUUUACCUAUUAAUUUAGUUAUUGAACUUUUGUUUUAU